AUGUCCGCGAGAUGGCUGCUACUAUUCCUGACGACGGCCGCAGCAAUAGCCGCCUACGUACAUGCCUGGCGCCCGUGCCCCGAGCUGGAUGCUGCGCUGAAGCUGCCAUGCCGAUGUAACAUCGAAGCAGUUGGCAACAACAGCCAGUACGGAUUCAUCGCCGUCGAUUGUGAGCGAACAGCACUGACGAGUGGUAUUCCGGCCGGCUUGCCGAUCAUCGCCUUCUCUCAUCGAAGCAGCGGACUUAGCUCGAUUCUGGAUCUAUCACAACUGAGUGCUUCAAUUAGAAGGUUAGAUUUCUCGGACAAUGGAAUCCGAACGCUUCCGGAGAAGGUCUUCUCCACGAUUGGGGAGUAUGUUACGGAGCUGCGACUGUCCAACAAUCUACUCGGCGAUAACUUGAAUCCCAUCUUCUCUACCACCGAACUGCAAACGCUGAAAAACCUGAAAAUUCUUGAUCUGUCCCACAAUCAAUUGAUGGCGUUGGACGAGGGAAUUUUCGUCGGAUGUCGAAGACUACAGGAAAUUUUACUGGACGGGAACAAGUUGUCCACCGUUCCGGCGUCUUCGUUCAAGGAUCUACCAGCGCUGAGGCUCAUCUCCCUGAAAAGCAACUUGAUCGAGAAUGUUUCCUCGGAAUCCUUUACCCUCGCUAACAAACUCGAACGAAUCGAUUUGCGCUACAAUCGAAUCCACAGCCUAAAACCGAACGCCUUCGCCAAUUUGCAAGCUAUGAAGGAGCUGCUGCUGGCAGGAAAUUUGAUCAGUACUGUAGACGAGCGCGCUUUUAUGGGUGCAGAUUCAAUUCAGAAACUGGAUCUGUCCGACAAUUUAAUCAGCGAAUUUCCAACUUCUGCUCUCAACUCAAUCGAAUCGCUCAAGGUGUUGAAUCUUUCGUUGAACAACAUCGACAAGUUGGAAUAUAAACAUUUGCAACAGCUGAAGAACCUACAGAUACUGGAUAUCAGUAGAAACGUGAUCGCAUCGGUGCUACCGGGAACGUUCCGCGAGCAAGCGCUGCUCAAAUAUCUUGAUCUCAGUCUCAAUUCACUGCGAACGAUCGAGGAUGAUGCUUUCGAAGGAUUGGAUAACCUCCAAACGCUGAUAUUGCGGGACAACAACAUUUUUCUCAUACCUGGUAGUGCCCUUGGUAGACUACCUCGGCUCUCAAAUUUGUACUUGGACUUCAAUCGGGUAGCGGCGCUUUCGUCCAGCAUUCUGAAAUCCAUCCAACCGGAAAAUAUCAGAUAUCUUUCCCUCUCACGAAACGUAAUCCGCGAGCUUCCGCCGAACAGUUUUACGUCGUUUAAAAAAUUAAUUUAUCUCGAUAUUUCUGGCAACAGUUUGGGUUUAAUCAGUGAAGAUACCUUUGCAGGACUGGAUAACACGCUACUGGAAAUCAAAAUGUCGUACAAUAAGAUCUCAUCCUUCCGAAAGAUUGUUCUCCCGAAGCUGCGCCGGUUAGAUAUCAGUUCGAACAGCAUUGACGACCUCUCCGUCGAUGCAUUCCAUGGAUUGGGCAACCUCCUCUACCUGAACAUGAGCACAAACGAGCACAUCGCGCAAAUUACCAGAACCAUGAUAUAUCCUCUAAACAAACUCCAGGUGAUCGACAUCAGCAAUUGCGGAUUGAAAUCCCUACAGUCCGACCUUUUCCAUAACAAUACCGAACUUAGAAUCAUACUCCUAAGUCACAACCACCUGAAGGUGGUAGAAGAGAACACUUUCAUGACCCUGAACAACCUGUUCAGCGUUGAUUUGUCCAAUAAUGAAAUCGUAACCGUUCGACCUCGUACAUUCAUCAACACAAUCAAUCUACGUACACUGAAUUUGCACGGCAACAAGCUGAAGGAAUUCAAAGCUGACCACUUCACCAGCGAAACUGCCAUGGAAGUGCUCGAUCUUUCCGACAACGAAAUCAAUGUUUUUGCACCGAACACAUUCAAAAUUCAUCCUCGCCUGCGCCGAAUAAUUCUGGCUGGCAAUCGAAUUCAACGAUUCGCCCCCGAUUUGAUAAGCUCGCUCGAUUUCCUAGAAGUGGUUGACCUAAGUCGAAACCAGCUGACCAUCAUCGAUCAGCUGGAUUUCGCUCGGAUGCCCAAUUUGCGCGAGUUGUAUUUCGCAAGCAACCAGCUGGAGCAGCUAAACGAUAUGGCGUUCCACAAUUCGACGCAGCUGCAAAUAAUUGAUCUGAGUCAGAAUAAACUGGAAAGGCUUACGGAACGAGCGUUCGACGGAAUGAUGCGACUAGAACGGCUGGACUUGAGCCAUAACUCGCUGCAGGAACUACCGGAGGGAGUUUUCGACAAAAGUCGCAUCCAGAAGGUGGAACAUCUAAUUCUAGCUAACAACAGCUUUCGGUUAAUUCCGUUCAAUGCAUUGAAGGAUCAGUCAGAUAGCAUCUACACGUUGGACAUGAGUUAUAAUCGGUUGAAAGAUAUCCCGUCGUCGAAUACUUAUAUGGUGAUGGUCAAUAUCAAGCACAUUGAUUUUUCAUUCAAUCCUUUAUCUGAACAAGCAAUCAAAUUGUUACUGGAACAACCAAAGACUGCCCGGAAGCUAAAUCUGGCCCACACCGGAAUUGAACGUCUACCAAUCCUAGAGACCCCAUAUCUGCAAGUGUUGAACCUUUCGAUGAACAACAUCACCAUAGUGAAUGAUCGCGUGUUCGACAAAACAACCCUUCUGGAAAUACUUGAUCUUUCGUCGAACAGAAUAGAGAACAUCGAUCCCAUGAAGCAGGUGUGGCCCAAGUUGGGUUUACUAAACUACUUGGAUCUUUCGCUAAAUCCAAUCCGAACGAUCAUGGCACAUGCAUUCGACGCACUUACGGCACUUCAAAUUCUCAAGAUCAGAGAUCUGCCGGAAAUAUCACGUCUCGAAAAGAAUGCUUUUAAACCGUUGAGCAGUCUAGCAACGUUGGAAGCGUUCAAUUUUGCUAAACUGGGCUACAUAGAUGUGCAAGGCAUCCUACAGGAGCUUCCUUCACUCGCGUCGAUUGAUAUAGAGGUGAAGGAUUCAGUGUUAGAAUCCGAUCAACUCCAGGUCAUAGACCAUCCGAAGUUGAACCAUCUCGGAUUGUAUGGCCACAUGUUGCAAAGCAUAUCCUCCGGAAGUUUCGCCGGAUUGCGAAACAAAAUGCUUAGCGUAAAUCUCCGUAAUACUUCUUUGACGUCGCUACCACCGGCCUUGUUGCUGCCGCUGCCGAGAUCGUCGCAUAUCGAUCUAGACAUAUCCGGUUCGAAAAUCACAACUCUUACUCAACCCUUUCUAAGUUCUAUGGACGAUCGAAAGAACAGUCUAUCAAUCGCAGGAUUGAGCGCUAAUCCAGUCCAAUGUGACUGCCAAGCGAGAGCGUUCCGCAGAUGGAUAAUAGCAGCCAAAGUGCCGGAUGUACGGUGUUCCGCACCGGAAAAUGUACAGGGACGUUUGCUGGUAGAAGUUGGCGACAACGAGCUAGUCUGCGAUCAGAAGAAACCAACCACGACGACGACGACUCGUACUUCCACGAUCACCUUCACGAAUUACACAUCGAUUUACACGCAAGUCAUUACGAAAGCUACCCCAACCACCGAGCAGGAUAUCAUCUGGAGUGUUGCACCAACGACAAAGGCAAAAGCCAAAACCAAAAUGCCACCGCGAACGCAAAUGCCAAUCACCAACGAUGACACGCUGAUCAUCGGAAUCGUGGUUGCGGUGAUAGUGUUUAUUUUCUUGGUAAUUCUCAUCACCUGUAUAUGCCGAGUUCGGUGGAGUAGUGACACCUACCGUGGACCACCGAUUGGGUUAUCAACCAUGCAUCCGAAUGGAAUGCAGGUGAACUACAAAACCAGUAAAGGUACCCCCAUCUAUCCGAUGGUUGCCCCCUACGGUCAAAACUAUGCCACGCUGCCCUACAAGCAGAGCUCGUCGCCGGACGCCCAACCGCGACCCAAUUACUCCACGAUCGGCCGAAUUCCUUACCAGUACCAAAAUCAGCACGUGAUGGCUCCUGGUUCCCAUCACUCAGCAGCAUCCCUCCAUUCAGUUCACUCUGGCCAGAAUCCCUACAUGGCUUAUCAGGAUGAUAAAGCUUACCGAUAG